AUGACCAGUUUCCCCAUCCCCAAGGACCUGCCUUUGCGUCUCGUGGCAUCCUUCCUGGACCGUUGCGAAUUGGGUGAGGCCACAGCGCAGCCGGACCAGUGGGCUGAAAUGCUUUGUGCGGCAAGACCCUUAGAUGAGCCCUUCUUCGAGCGCAUCACUCCGCGCUUGUUGCAGCAACUUCUCCCACACCUACAAGGCUUGUCCCACGACCGUUUGCUGAAAGUCCUGGACUCCUUGGCCAAAGCACCGCCGAAGGAGAGUCCUGGGACGUCCUUUGCCAGCAGUCCGGUGGAACAAGCGCCCUUCGCCUUCAACGAGGUGGUUGCGGAGGUCGUGGCGUCCGGCAAAUGGGAUCUGCAAAAGGUGAUGGCAGCCUUCUCUUGCCUCGGUCGCCUGGGUUGGUACAACGAGCACACUGUGGCCGAAGUGUUCCUUCGACGACCGAAGCCAGAGUGGAAGUUGUUCAAUUGA